AUGCCUGCCGAAGCCGCCUCAGCUCCCUUCCGGCCGUGGGCGGACCUCGACGCCGGCCUCGUCUCCAUGAUCGCCGCACGCUGCGCGCUCAGGGAGCACGCCUCCUGCCGCGCCGUCUGCUGCGCGUGGCGCUCCGCGCUCCCGUCGCCGCUCUCGUGGCCCCUCGCCGCUCCUACACGGCUACACGGCGACCUGCACCGGCCGACUGGGAUCGGCGCCGCGGGCUGCCGCUGCGUCGGCGCCUCGCGCGACGGGUGGCUCGCCCUCGUCGCGGGCGACGCCGAGGCGCCCGCGGGGCUCCUGCUGUUCAACCCGUUCACGGGCCAGGAGAUCCCGCUGGACCCGGAGCUUUACGAGCCCACGCACGAGCCGGCGCCCAAGAUCGUCUUCUCGCCGAGCCCCACGCCGCUCGACUUCACCGCGGUGAGCCUGUGCCGGCCCAACAGGGUCGCCGUGCAGAGGGCGUCCGACGGCCGGUCGCACAUCGACGACACGGGCCUGCUCAUGGACAGGGACGUCGUCCUAGUUGACGUGGUGUACAGCGACGACGACGUCAAGGUCUACUGCCUGGCGAAGGACGGCCAGGUGCACGUGCUCCACCUCAACCGCCGCCGUCGCUCCUGCCGCCGCCGACGAGUGCCACCCAUGGAGGUGGGGCCACUGCCGAAACUGCCCCGCGGCGCCGCUGUCUUCCCUUCACCGUACGACACGAUCUCCAAGUUCACGGACGCCAAGAACCUGGUGCUCUGCGACGGCGUGCUCUACCAGGUAUGGAGGCGGCCCACCGGCGCUGGCAACGCGACCGUCGCCGCGCCGGCAGGAGGAGUCCGGCGGUGGAUCCACAUCUUUGAAGGCGACGUCUUCGUUCUGAGGUUCGAUCCCGGGAACUGGCCACGCAGCUCGUGCUGGAGCGUUGUCGAGGCGAAGGAUCUGCGAGGUAACGCGCUGUUCGUCGGCUUGAACGACGCAGCGGUGGUGCGCGGCGAGGGUGUGAGCGCCAACAGCGUUUACUACUGGGACGGCCUGCGCGGGGGAGACUGCGAGGCUGUGGUCUACAGCAUGGCAACCGGAGCCUCCGUCCGGUGGCCAGCGGUGUCGACCGGAGCCGUGUCGAGCCCCGCGUGGUACUUCUUGCCGGCCGGCGAUACCCAUCGCGUGGAAGCAGAAGCAACUGAGGUAGAAGACACGUCCGCGGAAGCAACUUCACCCGAACUUGACGAGGAGCUGGAUCAUAGUGCACAUUGUCUCAAAAAAACCAUGAGCUUGCUCGGGUUCCUUGCAGUUGGCUAA